AUGAUGUCUCUUAAACACUUAUCCGCGAUCGCCCUGCUGUGGACCGUCUCGACACGAGCACCGCUCGCACGCGGCCAGAGGACAACAUACACGGGCUGCCACAACCACACCGAGGCCUCCUCCACCGUCGAGUACUGCUUUGGCCCCGAUGGCGCAGAGACCGCCCGCGCGACUCAUGCUCUCACCGGGUCGGCGACCCUCCCGCUGAGCGUGAGCGCGUCAGCUACUGCCGAGCCCCAAACCACUGCUGUGACAGGAUGUCAUAGCCACGAAACGGCCGUGUUUUGCAUCAACGGAGCGGGCGAGGAGGUGCACGUUGAGGCUACUCCGACAGGAGAGGUCCCUCCGGCUUACACGGGCUGCCAUGCGCACGACACGGAGAUGUUUUGCAUGGACCCCGAUGGCAACGACGUCGCCGUUCAUGCCGAGGGCGAGGCUGCGGAAGAGGGCCAUGACGACUCUCACGGCGGACACUCCCAUGACGAAGAGUCAGAGGAACAGAACUGCCACUUCCACGCCGGCGUUGAGCAUUGUGUCGGCGGUGCGAGCGAAGAGGUCUCUUGUGGCCUCCGUGAGCGUGAAUACAAUGUGGGACUGCGGGUUGGUUCGCUCUUCAUAGUCCUCGUCACCAGCGCCAUCGGCGUCCUCGCCCCCCUACUGUUGCACAAGCUCGUGAUCGGGAGCAUCGGUGCCAAUAUCCUGAUGGCCGUCAAGCAAUUCGGCACUGGCAUCAUCAUCUCUACGGCAUUCAUCCACCUUUACACCCACGCAAACCUAAUGUUCACAAAUGAAUGUAUCGGCGACCUCGGAUACGAAGGGACCACCAGCGCCAUAGUCAUGGCCGGAAUCUUCCUCUCAUUCCUUGUUGAGUACAUCGGCCUCCGCAUCGUUGCCGCGCAUGCAGCUCGAAGCCCGCAGCCCCCCGCCGCACCCGUCAUCGGAGAGCAAAGCAAGAGCGACUCCAGCAGUCCGACCCCCGAGGCGAGUCGGACGGCCUUCGAGUCGCUCGACCACCAUCAUGUCGGCCCGAAUAGCCACCUCUCCGUCCUGGUCAUGGAGGCCGGUAUCCUUUUCCACAGCAUCCUGAUCGGUCUCACGCUCGUCGUUGCCGGGGACUCGUUUUACCAGACACUCCUUAUCGUCAUAGUCUUCCACCAGUUCUUUGAGGGUCUUGCCCUUGGUGCCCGAAUCUCCCUGCUGCCGGGCUCCAUCUUCCCGUGGAAAUUCGCCAUGGCUAUCGCCUUUGCUCUGAUCACGCCAAUAGGGAUGGCCAUCGGUAUUGGCGUGCUGAACACCUUUAAUGGAAACAAUCCCAGCACAGUCAUCACUUUUGGUACUCUCGAUGCGUUGUCUGCUGGCAUUCUCGUCUGGGUUGGGGUGGUGGACAUGUGGGCGAGAGAUUGGGUGAUCGAAGGCGGCGAGCUCCUCUCGAGCGGUAUCUUGAAGACACUUGGUGCUGGUAUAUCCCUUUGCGCUGGCAUGAUCCUGAUGGGCGUGCUAGGGAAGUGGGCCUAGCUGCUAGCUUUCCCUCA